AUGGAUGGUUGUACAAAACAAGCCAGUUCUGCGAUUCUAGCCGGAUUAGGUUUAGCAGUUAUAGGAUUUGCAGGAAAACAUUUAAUGCGCAGAGUUCCAAACUUAUCUGAGAAAGUUAGUGAAACUUUAAGAACUUUACCAAAAUUAGAUGCUGAAAGCUUAGCAAAUUCAAAAUAUUAUAAAGGUGGUUUCGAUCCAAAAAUGAAUAAAAGGGAAGCAGCUCUUAUAUUAGGUGUCAGUCCAUCUGCAUCUAAAGCAAAAAUAAAGGAUGCUCACAAAAGAAUUAUGCUGUUAAAUCAUCCUGAUCGUGGAGGUUCACCAUAUAUAGCAGCUAAAAUUAAUGAAGCAAAAGAUUUCUUGGAUAGUGGAAAAUGAAGAAAGAUAAAAAAUGAAAUGAAUUAGUAUUAAAUAAAAUAUUUUAGUGCAUAUUUUUCA